GAGGAAAUCAGAGGAGUUAGCAGCCAUUCACACGACAGGUCUCUCUCUCCCAGCUGACACAAGGAGUAUUUCUCAUUCCACUCACUGUUUUAAACCGGGACCAUGAUGAUCCCAAGCGCCAUCGCGCCUCCUGCGCUCUACCCGGGGCUCUACCGACCCGCCGCGGCUCUGCCGCUCCAUCAGACCCUGCCGUCUGCCUUCCAGACCCACUCCAGCUUUUUAGUUGAGGAUCUGCUGCGCAUAAGCCGCCCCACCGCCUUCAUAAGCCGGACUGUUCCCUCAGCGAGUGUCACUCUGCCCACUGCCACCACCACCCUGUCCUUCAGCUGCGCGCCAGCAGAGCGUACGGUGGCCGCGAUGACGCGUGAGUCGUUAUCACCGAAAACGACGCUGCCGAGCAGCAAGGACCCAACUUUCCUUAAGUUUGGAGUGAGUGCCAUCCUCGCACCUUCACCAAAGACCGCUUCUCUACCACCUUCAAUCCACAACAUGCACUCCAAGACCUUCCCUUUCCCCUGCUUUGACGGAACUUUUCACCCCAUCUUCAGGACGCCUUAUUUACCAGCAUCUUCGUCAGUGGUUCCCAUCCCUGGGACUUUUUCGUGGCCCCUAGCCGCCAGAGGGAAACCCCGGAGAGGAAUGCUGAGGAGGGCGGUGUUCUCUGACGUCCAGCGCAAGGCCUUGGAGAAAAUGUUCCAGAAACAGAAAUAUAUCAGCAAACCCGACAGGAAGAAACUGGCCUCCAAACUUGGCCUAAAAGACUCGCAGGUGAAAAUCUGGUUCCAGAAUCGGCGGAUGAAGUGGAGAAACUCCAAGGAACGAGAACUGCUCUCAUCCGGCGGCUGCCGUGAACAGACACUACCCACCAAAGCCAACCCACACCCGGACCUGAGCGACGUGGGCAAGAAAUCCUCAGCUGAGGAUGAUGAGGAGGAAGAGGAGGAGGAAGAGGUGUUCGCAAGAGAAAGAGUUAGGUCGACAGGAUCCAGCAUCUCCUCUCCUUCUCUGUCCAGUAAGCACUCAGACUUCUCAGAGUCAGAUGACGGAGAAAUAACAGUAUCUUAAUUUAUUGUUUUAUAGAAGAAGAAAAUAUAGAGAUAUAACCCUCGUUUUGUUUUUUCUGAGACUGUGACCAGAUUUGUAAGAAACAAACCCCACAAAUGUCAUUGUUCAAAAUAUGUUUCACUCAAGCUUGUUACUUCAACCGGAUCUGCUUCUGAGAUACAAUUUGCUGUUUUGCACAGCUUUGUUCAAUUGUACAGUAUUUUGUACAAUUUUGUAUGGACAUUUUAUGCCAAGAAUAUUGAGUUACUUUUGCCUUGAUAGAGUUGUUUAUUGGAAAAAAAAUGUAGCUAUUUCCUUAAUAAUUUAUAUGAAUCUGUUUAAUAAGUAUGUUGUAUUAUGUGAUGUAUAUAUAUGUUUAUUUCACAUUUUUUUGUACAAAACACCAAA